AUGAUCAAUCGAACUUCUAUUCCAGCUUCUUGUUUAACUGUUUGUCAAGCAAGUUCAUCUGCUGAAAUAUUUUGUUCUGGUCGUGAUGGAUUUUUUGCUGAUCCUGAUUAUUGCACGAAAUAUUAUCGAUGUGCACAUGGUGUUGAUCAAGGAUUUGAAUGUCCAAAAGGUACUGCAUGGGAUGAUAAAACAAGAUCAUGUGCAUGGAUUGAUCAAGUUAAUUGUGAUGAUAAGAAAAUAGAUUAUUCAACAAAUACAACAACAUCACAUAAAAAAUCUGAUACUGAUUCUCUAGUAUCUGAACCAAGUAUGGGAUUAAUUCUAUCACCAACACAUGGAAAAGAUGGUAAUAGUGGUGGUACAUCAUCUAUUGAAUGUCAACCAACAGGAAUAUAUACUGUAGCUGAUCCAUUAGAAUGUAAUUCAUAUUAUCAAUGUGAUAAAGGUAUACGAACACGACUUAAUUGUCCUGAACGACAAUUAUUUGAUGCUGAUAAACGUCAAUGUAUGGAAUAUGAACGAGUUUUUUGUGGAACUCGUGCAGCUAAUUUAGCUGAUAAAAAUCAAUGUAUCAAUAAACGUGAUGGUAUUCAUCCGGAUACAGAACGUGAUUGUCAUUUUUAUUAUCAAUGUGUAUCACAAAAUAAAAUGCGUGAAGCUAAAUGUCCAGGUGAUCACAAAUUUAGUAGUUAUACAGGAAAAUGUGGUCCAGCAAAUAAUGCUCCAAUGCCAUGUGGUACUUAUAUUCCAGGAAACUAUUUAUUAAAUUCAAUUAAACAACGACAUGAAUCAACGAAUAAAAAACAAACAUCAACGAAAUCAAUCAAUUCUAUUUUGCAAUAUCAAUCAACUUAUUCAACGUUUUUGGCAGAGAAUACAACAAAAAUUCGUACGAACAACAUCAUUCAAUCAUUUAUAACAAAACCUAAUUCUUAUCUUUAUAAUCCAAAUGAUGAUAAUGAAAAUUUAUUAGAUCGUGUUAAACGACAAACAAUUCCAUUUGUUUGUAAAGCUGAUGGUUAUUAUCCAGAUCGACAAAAUUGUCGAAUAUAUCAUAUAUGUACAUCAGGUGUUGAUACAGCAGCUGUUUGUGGUGAAGGUACAGCAUGGGAUCCAAUUAAGAAAAAUUGUGGAUGGGAAAAUACUGUUGAAUGUAAAAAAGGACUACGAAAAUGGGAUCAAAUAACAGAUAUUCGAGGAGUUACGUUAUUCGCCACUGAUGCAGCACUUGCAUGGCGAGCAAAAAAAAAAUCCACAACAACUCAUGCACCAAUUAAAGUUGAUUCAAAUUUUACAUGUGAAUAUGAUGCUGAAGGAUAUUUUCCUGAUCCAAAAUAUUGUCAUAUAUAUCAUUUUUGUGCUAUUGGUGCACAUCAAGUACUACAAUGUUUAAAUAAUCUUUGGUAUUCAUCAGAAACACAAGGUUGUGAUUGGCCAGAGAAAUCUGAUUGUAAAGCUGGUAAUUUACAUACAUCAUCAACAGCAGCAACAAAUAUGAUUGAUGGUGAUGGAAAUAUAGUUACAACUCCAAGAAAUUUUCGAUUAAAUGUUUAUUUACCUAUUGAAUGUCCACCAGGCGUUCAAAAAUAUUUUCCUGAUCCAUACGAUUGUUCAGCUUACCAUUAUUGUAGUGGUGGUGUCGACAAACCAUCGUUUUGUGAUGCUGGUCUCUUCUAUGAUAAGAAACAUGGUUGUCAAUGGCCAAAAGAUGUUCCUCAUUGUCAACAUAAAUGUCCAGCUAAUGGACAACGAUUACGUUUUGUAGCUACUCAUAGUUGUUGUCAUUAUUAUGAAUGUAUUAAUGGUCAUUUAAAAGAACAAGUGUGUCCAUUACAUAAACUUUAUUCUGUUGAAACAAAACGAUGUGAAAAUUUUCAAGUUGUUACUUGUGGUUCACGAGAAAAAUGUAUCGAUCCUUGUGAUUAUGAUAAUUCUCCAUUAUGUGAAUUUAAACCUGUUUGUCGAGAUAAACCAAAUGGUAAUUAUGUUGAUCAAUAUCGACCUAAUUGUCAAUUUCAUUAUACAUGUCUUGAAAGUCGAACAUUUAAUUAUACAGCAUGUGAACAUGGUCAUCGAUUUUCUGUUCAACAUCAAAAAUGUCUACCGGCUAAACAAGUCAAAUGUUUUAGUAUACAUAAUUAUCAAUAUUCAUUUAAUCUCAUUUUUUUCUUCAUUUUGAUACAAAUUAUUUAUUAA